AAAUUUAUUAAUAAUCUGAAAAGUACAAAAAACUUUUAAACCUAAAGAAAAAUGAAUUUCAACCAGUUAAAAUCUCUAAAUGCUCAAAUACUCCAAAGACACUUUGAAGCUCUCAAUUUUCUUGGAAUUUAAUAUUCAAUACAUGAUUUAGAUAAAGAAAGUAUCAUUAACAGGUUAAGAGAUUUUUUCUUUUAACUUCUGAAAGAGAUUAUUAUUUAGAAUUCAUGCCUUAAACUUAUGGAAAAAAAAGAUAUAUAAUUUGACUACUUUUAUUUUAUACAUGCAGAGUAGCAAUAUAUCUCCAACUAAUCCUUAGAAAUAACUAGCUAAAAAUAUCAAAAUUUUUACAGUCAAUUCUAAUCAUUAAGAAAACUUAACAAAGAAGGAAAAAAUAAAACAAUGGUUAUCCAUAAGAAUAAUUUAAAAUCAUUAGAAAAGUUACUUUUUUGCAUAAAAUAAAUUUUGAAUGCCCUUAAAAAUGAUUUUUAAAUCACAAAAAGAGAAAUAUUCUACACAAAUGUUGAACUUUUUGACUAAAAUUAGUAAAACUUAGAAAAAAUUAUUCAAAUAUUGCAAAAUUAAUUAAGACUGCCAAGAAAUUGUUUAAAUAUUAUUGCUUCAGCUAAAGGUUUAGUAACUGGUAAUGUAUAAUUCUAAGUUAGUUCUUAAGCUGAAUUUAUUGAUCUUAGUAAAAAUUUUGGAGAAGUCAGGCAAAUAUAGCCAAAGGAAGAAAUUUUAUGGAUUGAAACAAACUCUGCAUUUAUAUUGGUUGUAGAGAAAGAAACUGUUUUUUAAAAAAUCAUAGCUGAAAAAGACGAAUAGCUUUUGAAGAAUUGUAUAAUGAUUACUGGGAAAGGGUAUGGCGAUUAUAGCACCAAAUAAUAUAUAAAGAUGCUAACUGCUAACAAUCCAAACUCGCCUUUAUUUUAUUUAGGGGAUUUCGAUCCAUUUGGCUUAGAUAUACUCUUCAAUUACACUUUUGGUUCCGAAAAUUCUGUCUACUAACAAGAUAACUUGCCAAAUAUUCAUUUCUUAGGUCUAUCAAGCUUUGAUAUUUUGGAUUUUAAUUAAUAAUCUGAUGAAAAAAAAUUCAAUGUUGAAAACAAUUUAAGCAAACAAGAUAUUUGUAAGCUGGAUGCCUUAAUCGCCAAAUUUGAAUUUAAUAAAAUAGACUCAAAUAAAUUAGAUGAUCUCACUAGUUAUCAGAUAAAUAGAUGGAAGAAAUGGAUUGAAAAUGCUGAGUUUAUAAGACAAAACAAUACAAAAUAUGAAAUCGAAGACAUUUAUCCAUUCCUUAGCUAAAAAAAUUUAACUUUAUCAUAAUUUAUUAUAAAUAAAAUCUAAUCAAACAAAUAUUUAUGAUAUUAAUUUCUUAUUUUUCUUUUUUGCUUGUGUAAAGAAAUAUUUAGAAUUAAAUUUUAUUUUUCACUCAAACUAAAGUUAUUUUUAGUAUUUUUAAAACUGUAUUUACAAAUACCGUAGUUUCUUUAACCUAAAUUCUCGGUUUUAAGCAUACUGAGCCAAGG